AUGCCACCAGUAAAGAAACAAAGAAGAUCAAACGGUGUUUCAGUCGAAGUCGCAUCAGUAUUAGGAUCAGGUACUUCCAAAAUAAAUAAAAAAAUAAGAGAUAUUGAAAGAUUAUUAAAUAAAAGAAGAGAUAAAUUACCAUCAAAUGUUAUAAUUGAAAAUGAACGUGCCCUUCAAGCCCUUAAAACAGAAAAAUUAAAUGUUGAAAGAUCUCAGAAGGUGAAAAAAAUCUCCAAGAAAUAUCAUAUGGUUAGAUUUUUUGAAAGAAAAAAGGCUCUUAGAAAAUAUAAACAGGCUAAAAAACAAUAUGAUUCAUUAGUUGAAGACGAAAAAUCUGAUAAAAAGGAAAUUAAAAAGGCUAAAAAAGUUCUAGGACAUUGUGAAAUAGAUCUAUUAUACACUGUAAAUUUCCCAAAAGAUAUAAAAUACAUUUCACUUUAUCCAUCAGAAACAUCAGAAGAUUUAGAUGAAUCCACUAAAAAAGGUUUAAUUAAAACUGAAGAAGAUCGAAAUUCAUAUAAGAAACAGUUUGAAAAAAUGUUAAAAGAAGGUACUAUACCCGUUAGUAUUGAUGAUAUAUUAAAAGGGGAUUAUAAAUUAAAUGAUUAUAAUGAGGUUCAUGAAGCUCCUGAUUCUGUUAAACAUGAUGAUGUUGAAGAAGAAGAAGAUGAUUUCUUUGAAUAG